AUGCUAAAAGCAUGGGUUCUACUCCACUUCCUCCUUUCUAUUUCUCCGAUUUCCACUCUUCUCCACGUUCAACGCAAUGAGAUUAGAACUUUUGAUUCUCUGGACGGGCUCUGGACGUUCGUGAGCGAACCGUCUAAUGGAGGAGACAUUGGCAUAGCCAAUCUAUGGAAUACGCUCGAAUUGGACAAGUUUCAAGUUAGUUCCAACUACGAUUCAUCAGCUAAAUCAAAACACGUUUCCAGAAUGCUACAGUAAUGCCAGUUCCCUGCGCUUAUAACGAUAUUGGAACUUCGAGUGAACUCAGGGAUCAUAUCGGAUGGGUUUGGUACGAGAAGAAAGAGUUCGUUCCUCUUCGUGAUAGGAAUAUGAGACAUGUUCUUCGGUUCGGAAGUGUCAACUACUUUUCUGUAGUGGUAAGUUUCUGAGGAUCGUACCCGCGACGAUCAUUUCCAUUUCAGUACGUAAACUCGGCGAAAGUGACCUCGCACACCGGUGGUCAUCUACCUUUUGAAGUGGAUGUGAGCUCACAAAUAAAGUUCGGAGCAGAGAACAAGUUCACUGUGGCUGUCAACAACACGCUCUCCUGGUCAACGAUUCCGCAAGGAGACUUCAACUAUCAGAAGCUCGCGCCGAGGAACAUCAGUGGAAGGAUCGUAAGUCAUUUGUUUUCUAGAAUCGCUUGUCACUCUGAUUAUCUCAAUUUUCAGAUAAACCGUCUGCCAGAAGGAGCAGUCAAGAACGUCGGAAACUUUGACUUCUUCAACUACGCCGGCAUUCUUCGAAGCGUCCAGCUGGUCAAAAUCCCGUCCGUAUACAUUCAGAACAUCAACAUUGUGGCCGAUCACACGGGCUCAUUCUACUUUGAGACGGCCGUCAGCUCAUUGGAGGGAACACAAGUUGAGGUCAAAAUGUUUGAUUCGUCCGAUGGAUCCGUUGUUUAUACGACGAACGAGACAAAAGCGGAGGGCCAAUUGGAGAGUGCAAAACUGUGGUGGCCACGUGGAAUGGGGGAUGCCAAUCUGUACACUCUCGAAGUGUCUCUGCUGAGCGAUGGAGAACUCGUAGAUGUCUACAGAGAGACGUUCGGAUUCAGAACAGUCAGCUGGACAGACAAGCAGAUAUUCAUAAAUGCGAAGCCGUUCUACUGUCUUGGAUUCGGAAUGCACGAGGACUUUGAGCUCAUCGGACGAGGCUUCAAUCAGGCGGUCAUGACAAAGGAUCUCAAUCUUUUGGAGUGGAUGGGCGGAAAUUGCUACCGUACCACCCAUUAUCCGUACUCGGAAGAGCGAAUGUUCGAGAAUGAUCGACGAGGGAUAGCGGUGAUUGUGGAGACUCCAGCCGUUGGACUCAAGUAAGUCACAUAAGUGUCCGGGAGGAUCAGUCAAAGUUUUCAGAGGGUUCUCAAAGGCUAACAACAAUUUGCAUGUGAAAAUGCUCACCGACAUGAUCGAUAGGGACAAGAAUCAUCCAUCCGUGAUCGCGUGGUCUCUUGCCAAUGAGCCAGUAACCAGCAAAAAGGAGAGCAGGAACUAUUUCAAGUUCGUAUAAUUGUUUGUAAGUCGAUUAAAAUAUCUUCUCAAUUACAGAACGCUCGUGGAAAGUGCUCACGGAAUUGACCGUACCCGUCCAGUCACAACCGUCUACGGUCCUACGAACUUUGACAACGAACAGACGGCCGAUCUGAUGGACUUUAUCUGUGUGAAUCGGUACUACGGAUGGUACAUAGACAUGGGAUACAUUCAAUGGAUCAACCAGAGUGUCUACUGGGAUAUUUCACUUUGGAGAGAGACUUUCAACAAGCCAAUUAUGGUGACCGAGUACGGAGCCGACAGUAUUCCGGGAAUGAAUCAGGAGCCGUCGGUCGACUUCUCCGAACAGUAUCAGAAUGAGGUCAUCCAGCAGACGCAUCACGCAUUCGACGCGUUGCGCAAGGAUCAGACGAUUACCGGGGAGAUGAUUUGGAAUUUUGCCGAUUUUAUGACCGGAAUGAGUGAGUUUGAUAUGAGAGACCGAUAUCUUUUCACGAAAUUGAAAAACUUUGAUUUUUUACGUGACCUUUUCUAAAAGUCACACUCUGCAUAAAAAUGAACAAUAUUUCCAUUUCAGCUACAACACGGGCGGUUGGAAAUCACAAAGGUGUGUUCACGCGAUCCAGACAGGCCAAAAUGGCCGCUUACACACUUCGAACGCGCUAUCUCGGCCUGUUCAACCAAACCGAUCUUCCUCUUUGGACUUGA